AGUGAGGUACUCUCCGAAAGGCUGGAUGGGUGUGGUUUUAAAGUAAUCAAUCAGCUCUGUGAGACUGUUAUGAGUGGUGGAGUCACCAGAGACGACGAGCAGUUCUUACUGUCUGGAGACGAAGCCUUGAAACCAGGGAGGAAAACUUCCAUCGCACAGGAGUUGUUCAGCCUGAUUGCCCACAAACCACUUGAUGAUGGGUUCCCUCUGUCCUCUGUCCAUAAUAUAAUGGCUGAUUUCAAGCAGCAGCAGGUUGAGGAUUUCUAUGAGAUUGGAGAGGAACUUGGAAGUGGGCAGUUUGCAAUUGUUAAGCAGUGUCGUGAAAAAAGCUCAGGACGGGACUUUGCAGCAAAGUUCAUAAAAAAGCGUCAGAGUAAUGCCAGUAGAAGAGGUGUGCUCAGAGAGGAGAUCGAGCGAGAGGUCAACAUCCUGCAGCAGAUACACCAUCCCAAUAUUGUAAUGCUGCAUGAUGUGUAUGAGAACAAGACAGAUGUGGUGCUGAUUUUGGAGCUAGUGUCUGGAGGAGAACUUUUCGACUUUCUGGCUCAGAAAGAGUCUUUGAGUGAGGAGGAGGCCACACAGUUUAUCAAACAAAUUCUGGAGGGUGUGCACUAUCUGCACACGAGGAAUAUCGCCCAUUUUGACCUGAAGCCUGAAAACAUCAUGCUUCUGGAUAAGAAUGUUCCUCUGCCCCGAAUCAAACUCAUUGAUUUUGGCUUGGCCCACAAAAUUGCUGAGGGGGUUGAAUUUAAAAACAUCUUUGGAACGCCAGAAUUUGUUGCUCCAGAAAUUGUCAAUUAUGAACCGCUGGGACUGGAAGCAGAUAUGUGGAGUGUUGGUGUUAUUACAUAUAUUCUGUUGAGUGGGGCGUCUCCCUUUCUAGGAGAAACAAAGCAAGACACACUGGGAAAUAUCUCAGCCAUGAACUAUGAGUUUGAUGACGAGUUCUUUGGCCACACCAGUGAACUUGCCAAGAAUUUUAUACGGCAACUGCUGGAAAAAGACACCAAAAAGAGACUCACGAUUCAAGAUGCCCUGAACCACGCGUGGAUCAAGUCUAAUGAGCACAAGGACGAGCGCAGUAAAGCUCCAGAGAGGAAGAGGGAGCGUAGGCAGCUGAAGACCAAGCGACUCAAGGAGUACACUAUAAAGUCCCACUCCAGCAUGCCCCCUAAUAACACCUACAUCAACUUUGAGCGCUUUUCUCAGGUGGAGGAAGAAAUCUCAAACAUGGAGGGCACCUUCUGCCAGCUGGCCUCGGCCCAGGACUCCCUCCAGGAAGACAUUGACGCUCUGGUGUCCAUCUACAACGACAAGGAGAUGUGGUACAAAGAAGAGAGCGAGAGCAUCAGGCACGAGUUAUCCCAGCUUCGUUAUGAGUUUCGUAAGGUAGAGGCGCAGAGACGGGGUGUUGAGGAAGACAUGAGGAGCGUGGACGCCAGUGUUAGCAGGAUUAGCGAGCGGUAUAAGGAGAGGCAAAUGCAUUAUGAGGCCCUCCAGAAGGAGCUGUGUGCCGAGCUGCAGUGGGUGCAGGAGGUGGUGGGUUCAUUUCAGGUCACUUUUCCGAACUGUAGCUUCAGCAGCGUGUUUAAUACUGAUGUCAAUGAAGCACUGAAAGAGUUGCUGAACAGAUCUUGUGGAGGAGACUUGCUGACAGACCAGCAGAGAUGACACAUUUACAACCCCCACCCACUGAUAAAUACAUCAGUACACAACGCCACUUACAGCAGGCGUCUUGCGGGUUCACAGCAGGUUGGAGAACGUAUGUGAAAUAUGAGAUGCAUUUAUGUCCAUCCAUUAUUUAAACCCACUUGUCCUCUGCAGGGACGCUAUUAUGUCUUUUCAUGUUAAUCCUUUAAACAGUAGGCCCUAUUGAGUUGUCAAAGACAUUUUAUAAUAAUCUGAACUAUUAUUUUUCAGAUUACCGAUUUUAAAUGGUGCUACAAAACUCAUUUUAGUUGCAUUUAGAACCAUAACAGGUUCUGAUUUAUAUUGCAUGUUAGGUGUGUUAUAAAAAUUGUGGUUGCUUUUUUAAUAAUUACGUAUCUGUAAUUUGAUUUGUUUCGUAAAUUAGUGUGUAUACACAUCCUAGUGUCCCCUGUUGGUUAUUUGUUUAUAACUGAUCAAAAAAGGUUUAAAUGCCAAGUUUAUUAAACCCAGUUAUACCACGGGGAUGUUGAAUGCUUCAAUCUGAUUGGUUGACAAACGAUCUACGGGUAUGCAUUGACUUUUAGUAAAUGUACACCUAUGAAGAUGUUCCAGGUCUGCCGACCGCAUUACAGUUCCAUAUCACGUCGCCAAGUUUAAACAACAGAAAGGUUACAGUGUAUCACCGCACACAGCAACAGCUGCAGGGCCGGAUUAUCCAAUGGGCAUUAUGGGCACAGGCCCAGGGGCCCAUGCACGCUUGGGGCCCAGGCAAGGGGAAGACAAUUUCACAUAACAGCGUUUACGCCAUAACAUUGUUUCUAAAUUAGAAAAUCUGUCUUUUGAUUUAAUCACUUUUACGAGCCAUCUACCGGCUUUUGUUCAGAAGAAGCACAUAGCGACAAAUCUAUCCACUUCUUGGAUAAACCUUAGUUUUCAUUCAGUGGGAAAAUGUCGCCAGUGCUGCCCCGCGAGCGCGAGGUCUCUCUUUCCCGGCGUAGGGAUCCCUUCUCUCGGGGUCACUCUGUACAGUGAGUGGCAGGAAGAAGCACCACCGUACGACAGGUGACUCGUGAAUAAAAUGAGUACAAAACAGCGUUUCCAACAACCUGUCACUGUUAUCGACUGUUUGGAUAUAUAAACAUGAACAAAUUUCAUCUGUAAAUAUGCACAUGGUUACCAUGAGGCUGUGUGAAAGAACAUUUAACUUUAGCCGAAAUCACCGCUUUUUAUUGUGAGUUGUUAGAUGAUGUCGCGUCAUGAACUGACAACAGAAACUGAAAACACAGUAUGUCAAUGAGAACGGAUUUAUUGUUGUAAACAUGAGUUGAUAUACCCUCGCGGCUGUCUUAAAUCUUAAAAGGUAAGCGUUUUUUUACAUGUAUUUGGUGGUGUUUCCUUGCCAAUUAUGAAUUAUUUUAUAUUGAUAUAAUGUUGAUCAGUA